UAGUGCUCUUCUGUAAGCAACAAAAAGGACUCUGACAAAAUGCAUCAAGUACUCAGCUAUGAGACGGCUGUGCGGGCAAACAGUUCCCGAGAAUACCGCGAAUAUGUCUCAAAGCGAACAUGCGCCUCUCUGGUGCUGACAAUUGCCUUCUUCAUGCUGAUAACAGGCUACUUGCUGGGAAAUUUUGUGUCCGAGCGAAAGUAUCACAUACAGCAGCUGACAAAGAGCGUAAUCAAGGAUAUAGAUGGCGAGAGAUCUGUUCAAAUGAGCAACGCGGAUUAUGCCAGCCUGCAGGAACUACAAGCAUAUCAAAAGACAAAGGAACAAAUAUUGGCCGCCGCCCAGGUGCUCAACAAGCUGCAGCAGCAGGACGAGGGCGACACAUACUUGGCCACCUCGUUGAACACGGAAAUCUUCAACAAGUACAUCAGCUGCACCCAGGAUAUCCCACCAAACACCACCAUACCGGCCAGUCAGUUUAUCGAGCAACUGAUCGACAACACGGUGGCCAGGCAGCGGCAUUGCAUGAGGAUCAUUCAGGUGGUCAUCGACAAUCAUCUGGCCAACAGUCAGCUUUAAGCGAAAUGGAAAUGGAGAAUGGAUUAGAGAGAC